CCCAACUGCCAUUUCUCAAUUGCUUCACUCUUCGUCUAUUGCCCGCCCUCUUUGCGUCUCUCUCCUACAGUACCACAACUCGACCUCAACAUGGCCCCCAGCAGAGCUCUUCGACGAGCCUUAGCCGGCAACCAUGGAUGCACCCACCUGGUUCGGGCACAACCCGAGAUGUCGUUUAGGCCGCGGAGGCGUUUCGCGUCGGUCACGGAUUCGUCAACGAGCACAAAGACUGGCAAGAUAGCACCGCUGGAGGGGGUUCGCGUGCUGGACAUGACACGAGUAUUGGCUGGCCCUUAUUGUACGCAAAUCCUGGGCGAUUUAGGUGCAGAAAUCAUCAAGAUCGAGCAUCCCACCCGAGGCGACGAUACGAGAGCCUGGGGUCCGCCGUACGCAAAGUAUAAAGGAGAUGCGGCUACGAAAGGCGGCAAGCCUGGAGAGAGUGCAUAUUUCAUCGGUGUCAAUCGCAACAAGAAAUCGGUCGGACUCUCCUUCCAGCACCCGGAAGGCAUCAAAAUCUUGCACGAGUUGGCCAAGACGUCGGAUGUGUUGGUGGAAAAUUACAUUCCAGGAGCGUUGAAAAAGUACAAGCUAGACUACGAGUCAAUGCGGAAGAUCAAUCCUCGUCUAAUCUAUGCCUCCAUCACUGGCUACGGCCAGUACGGCCCCUACAGUCCUCGGGCCGGCUACGACGUCAUGGUCGAAGCGGAAAUGGGGCUCAUGCACAUCACCGGCGAAAGGAAUGGGUCUCCCGUGAAAGUCGGGGUUGCGGUCACCGACCUCACCACGGGCCUGUACACCUGCAACGCGAUCAUGGCGUCUCUCUUGGCUCGACAGAGGACGGACCAGGGGCAGCAUCUGGACGUGGCCCUGGCGGACUGUCAGGUCGCGACGCUGGCCAACAUUGCCAGCUCGGUGCUGAUAUCCGGGGAGCGGGACGGCGGGCGCUGGGGCACGGCGCACCCGAGCAUUGUCCCGUACAAGGGGUUCAAGACGCUCGACGGGGACAUCAUGCUGGGGGGCGGCAACGACCGCCUCUUCGGGAUCAUCUGCGACAAGGUGGGGCGGCCCGAGUGGAAGAGCGACGCGCGCUUCGUCACCAACGACGUGCGGGUCCAGAACCGCGACGUGCUCGAGGACAUGAUCGAGCAGAUCACCAGGACCAAGACCACCAAGGAGUGGCUGGCCGUGCUCGAGGGCAGCGGCAUGCCCUACGCCGCCAUCAACGACGUCAAGGACACCCUCGACCACGACCACGUCCGCGCCCGCGGCAUGGUCACCGAGCUCGACCACCAAGCCUGCGGCAAGAUCCAGGUCGUCAGCCAUCCGGUCAAGUAUUCGGAGAGCGCUGCGGGGGCCAGGACCGCACCCCCGACGCUGGGCGAACACACCGACGCGGUCCUACGGGAUCUGCUCCGCAUGGAGGACGGGGAGAUUGAGACGCUACGUCAGUCCGGCGUGGUGGCGUAGGGAGUGCUCUGGCCUGGCAUGGCCUGGCGUGGCCUGAUCUGGCUUAACCUCACCUGACCCAAGCAGCCAGCAACCAGGCGCCUUGGUGGGGAAGUUGGCUAGACAAGACAGUCUCCGAAAGAACCGAAACUCAAAGAAAAGAAAAGGAAGAGAAAAGAGAGAAGAGAAAAGAAAAACGUGAUUGUGUGUUUGAAGAGGAUUCAUCGGGUUUUGGAUCGCAUCAUCUACGGGGACGAAAGGAAAAAGAAAAGAAGAGAAAAUGCAACCCAGACCAGUUCUCGGUUCAUGUAGUGCUCUAUCUCUCUGACCGAUGUACAUACCAUCUGACCAUCUGUGCGACCGCUGAAUAAAUGCCAAAGAAGGAGAAGGAGAAGUAGAAAUAGCACAAUACCUGACGCUGUGAAAGACGAUCGAUCAGGACCAUGAUCACGACCACGACCAGGGAUCUAGGCAUUUGAAAG